AUGUCAGCACACUGGUGGUGUGGCUGGCUAUUCAUUUUUUCGCUAUGCAAUUCUUCCACCGGUUGGCUGGAGGAAAGGCCUAACUUAGAAUCUGUAAAUGGCAAUCUAUACUUGACUAGUGGAAGAGAUAAAAAUAUAACAUUAAAAACAUUAGGAGAAGGACAUAUCAACGUUAAUGACAUUAAUUUGCUUCACACUGUGUGGGCUGCUUCAAACGCAUCCCAAUUAAUCGAACGAUGGAAAAAUGGUAUACUCGACGACGUCGAAUCCACGCUGCAACGUUUGACACGAAUUGUCGAAGGUCCAGGUGGAUUGCUUCGAAAAGUCAACGCACUUAGUAAAUCUGAACCAAGACACUCCAACGACAGCAUCCCAAUUGCUCCGGAGUCGGAUCCCAUUUCUGUGUCACCAGGUACAUAUUUUCCAUACGAUUCAUUGACUGGUAUAAUGUUACAGUUACGAAGAUUAGAAAAUAAAGUUCGCACUAUCACGACGAAACUACGGAUCAAUGAGUGUAAUAGUGAUCCAUGCCAGAACGGCGGAACAUGCAUCGACUUAUAUGAUUCGUUUUCGUGUCACUGUCCACCCGAAUGGGAGGGCGAUCACUGUACUGUAGACGUGAACGAAUGCGAGCGAUUAGCCGGCAAGCCAUCUGGAUGCCAGAACGGGGCAACAUGCGUAAAUGCGCUUGGUACUUUUAGCUGUACCUGCGCCCAAGGAUGGCAUGGUUAUCUUUGCACAACUCAAAAGUCAGCUUGCGACCAAUCGAAUGACGUCGAUCUUUGUGGAAACGGCGUAUGUUUAAAAAACAAUUCUCCUUUGGGAUAUACUUGCAUAUGUAAAUUGGGUUGGGAUCAUUUAGGUGAAAACGAUCCGUCUUGCAGAAAAGAUAUUGACGAAUGUUCCGUGGGACGAUAUCCUUGUUCAGUCAAUCCACUCGUUGCCUGUCAUAAUGUCCCAGGAACCUUCUUCUGCGGAGUUUGUCCAGCUGGUUACACUGGCGAUGGAUAUAAAUGCCAAGAUAUUGACGAAUGCUUACUUAACAAUGGGGGUUGCAGUCAAACUCCACUCGUCGAUUGUAUCAAUACAUUGGGAUCUCGAACUUGUGGACCGUGUCCAGUGGGUUAUCAAGGUGACGGCAUCACAUGUUUCUUCGUGGGAAAUUGUAACGUAAACAACGGUGGCUGUCAUAGUUUAGCAACCUGUAGAGAAGAUUCAAAUGCAAAGACAUACUGUCUGUGCCCGGAAGGGUAUGAAGGUAGUGGUUUGGGCCCACAAGGCUGCGUACCAGUCAGGAAUGCUUGCCGAAGUAGUCCUUGCGUUCACGGUUCGUGUUUUUCUCAAGGUGAACAUAGUUUCAAGUGUCAUUGUAACAAAGGCUAUUCCGGUCCGUUGUGUGAUGUGGCUGUCGACCCAUGCAUUCAAAAUCCUUGCCUCAACGGCGGCACCUGUCGCAAGAAUACAAAUGGGAGUAGAUAUUGCGAGUGUACUUCGAGUUUCUCUGGGCCAUUGUGUGCUACAGCAAAAUCUGCUUGUGGUGGUUUCUUCAGAAGCGAGACCGGUUCUAUUGAAUUUCCUGUUGAGGCGGGUAGCAAAUACGACCAUUCGCUGAGCUGUGCAUGGGUCAUUUUGACCAAUCGGACACUCGUGUUGAACGUGACCUUCACUAAAUUCGCAUUGGAGACUGCGCACGGAAGCGAUGAAUGUCGACACGAUUAUGUCCAGAUCCAUGAUGGAAGGUCGGCCGGUAGUCAAAUAUUUGGUCGAUAUUGCGGCGAUCAAUUGCCGAACAAUGGCACGAUAAUUUCAACUCAUAACUCGUUGUACAUCUGGUUCCAUUCAGAUAGUACGAUUAAUAGUGACGGAUUUGCUUUGACUUGGUCGUCGGUCGAACCUCAGUGCGGUGAAGAAAUUGAAACCGAAUAUGGCUCGAUAUCUUCGCCAGGUUAUCCCGGCAAAUAUCCAGUAAAUAGAGACUGUUAUUGGACCAUAAAAGUGAGCCCUGGAAAACGAAUUGCUCUGCACUUUAUUAUGGUUGCGAUUGAGGAACAUCCAACUUGCGAGUACGAUUAUCUUGAAGUAAAUGAAACAAAUUACGCUGGUCCUCACCAAUUGGCUAUAUUUUGUAACCACAGUAAUCCUGCGAUUUUGACCAGCACGGGAGAUCAGGUCACUAUCAGAUUCCAUUCCGACAAUUCUGGAACAGACAGUGGUUUCCAUUUGUCCUUUCUCAGUAUACCAGGUUCUCCAGAUUGUGGUGGCGUUUUCACAGCCGACACUGCUGAAAUUGCUUCGCCUGGAUAUCACUCUGGUCAAUAUCGAUCAGAUGCAAUGUGCGAAUGGGAAAUACGAUUACCACCAGGUUCUCGUAUUCGUGUCCAAUGGCUAGAUUUUGAUGUUGAACGUUCGCGUAACUGCAUGUUCGACUCGGUUCAGAUUUAUGAAGGUCCAAGCAUCGAUUCACCACUAAAAGGCAAAUAUUGCGGUAACAAUUUGCCACCUGCGAUGACAAUCCAUUCGAAUAUAGUGCUUAUCCGCUUUGAAACGGACACGAAUCUCGAGGAAAAGGGUUUUAUUUUAAAGUAUGAAGUGGAAUGCGGUGGCACUUUUACUAACCCUACUGGCGUAAUAACGUCGCCGUUCUAUCCGAACCAUUAUCCCGCAUCAAAAGACUGUAAAUACCUGAUAUCUCUACCGCCGGAAAAAGCAGUUGUUCUCACUUUCGAAUUCAUGGAUAUCGAGGAAGGAACGACAAUCGAUAGCGAGACAGAGUGUUAUUUUGAUAAGCUUGAAAUUCGGGAUGGUGACUCGGAAAACUCAACGCUACUAAAGAAACUUUGUGGUUCCGAGAAAAUGAUGCCUACGGAACCCAUUUACUCUACACACAAUUACAUGUUCCUUGAAUUUUUUACCGAUUCAAAUAUUCACAAUAUGGGUUUCAAAGCAAACUAUUCAACGAUUGACCGAGAAUGCGGAGGUAUUUACCGAGAAGCGCCAGGAUCAAUAUCGUUCACACAUUCGUUAGAUCAAUCCAGCUACUCCUAUUAUAAACAAGAUUGCAUUUGGAUAAUACAUGCACCUUACAAGCAUGCUAUCCAAAUCAACUGGGUAUCUUUUCCAUCGCGUACGACGUCUGUUAACGAAGAAUGCACACGAAAUUACAUUCAGUUGGAAGAGCGAGGAGACUAUGAAGAUAAAAUAUCAAUGGGAAAAUACUGUGCUUUUAUCCCACCGCCGCAAAUGAUGACCACUCAAGGAAAUGACUUGACAAUCACGUAUCACCAGAAUGGUGGUUCCGAGGAUAUCCAAUUGUCUUUCAAUUUUAUCAAUGACACUAAUACUUGUGGUGGACAUUAUUAUGCCGAUAGUGGUUACAUACGGUCACCGAAUUAUCCUGAUGCGAAAUACCCGAAAAAUAAAGAAUGUGUAUGGAUAAUCGAAGCUAAAAAUAAGUAUUUGGUAACUCUCAAUUUUCUUUCCUUUAAAAUCGAAAAGUCCCGGCUGUGUUCAUAUGACUAUUUAGAAGUCAGGAGCGGUUCUCAAGAAAAUUCACCGUUGCUAGGCAAAUUUUGCGGAACCCAAGUGCAAGAUGAAUUGACAAGCAUGACAAAUCAAAUGUACAUUAAAUUUGUCUCAGACAAUUCUUUACAAGAAGAUGGCUUUGAAAUCCGCUGGCAUAGUUCUACAGCAGGCUGUGGAGGUAAUCUUCACACGUCUAGUGGUGCAAUAAUAUCGCCUAAUUAUCCCCAAAACUAUUACCAUCGAGCGACUUGCACGUGGAAUAUCCGGGUUGCUGCAGGCAGUGUCGUUCGUAUUACAUUUAUCGAUUUUGACAUUGAAGAACAUCCAAAAUGUUUGUUUGAUUACCUUGAAAUAGCUGACAUAAUAAAUGGAUAUGCUCAAAAUCCUGCGAGAUAUUGCGGUUCUACAAUUCCUCCAAUUGUCAUGACUCAUAGUAAUCAAAUUAAAUUGACCUUUCGAACAGAUUUAUUGACUAAUUCUCGAGGAUUCCAUCUUAGAUAUGCCACUGAGUGUGUCAACGAAGUUGAAGGCUUCCAAGGCGUGAUUGAGUCUCCUAACUUCCCUGACAGUUAUGAAAACUUGAGUAACUGCACGUGGACGAUUACAGUACCAGCUGGAAACGCUAUCAAUAUAACCUUCUCUCACUUCGACAUCGACUCAGGUCUUCGAGGAAAUUGUAAUCAGGACUACCUAAAGAUACAGGAAGGUGAUGAUACCCCCAAUACUGAGCUCGUGACAAAAUGCGGAACAGAGGAGGACGUCUUGCCAUUGAAAAUUUCUUCAAAGCAACGUCGUGUUUUCGUAAAUUUUGUCACCGAUCGUCGUGGCGUUGCCGGUGGAUUCAGGCUAGAAUGGUACGUGAAUGGAUGUAGCAGACGGUUCACUAAACCUGCAGGUACAUUUACAUCACCUGGAUACCCGAAUGGUGAUAAAUUGGACAAGGAGGUCGUAGAAUGCAUAUGGUUGAUAGAGGUAGAAUUGGAUAAGAGCAUUGAAAUUACCUUCCCAAAAAUUGAUAACACCAAGACUAGGAAUUGUCUGUCAGGAUCGAUUGAAGUUUACAAUGGACCUAACGAGAAAGCUCCUUUGUUAAUCCAUAACCUCUGCUAUUCUGACACGCCGACUACCUUCACCAGCACUGGCAAUCGAAUGACAAUUAAAUAUAUGUCGGAAACCAGCUAUGCUAGUCACGGAUUUACAGCGAACUACCAUAGCGUUCCCAUAAAAUGCGGUGGUAAAUUUAGUGGUCAAUCCGGAGUAAUACAUUCAACUAACUACCCCAAGAAUUAUCCUCACAAUGAGAAUUGUGAGUGGUUGAUUACUGUUGACAGAAACCAUGCUAUAAAUCUAACCUUCGUAGAUUUAGAUCUUGAAAGAAGUCGUAAUUGCACGGACGAUUACAUUGAGAUUCACGACGGUCCUAUACUGGGAUCGCCCAUACUAGGUAAACAUUGCCAUGCUAUAGAUGCGUUGCCGUUCUAUGUUUCAAGUGGUAAUCAAAUGCUCGUGGUAAUGAGAACCGAUGCGUUGGUAACAGCAAAGGGUUUCAUGGCACUAUACAAUCGCACCUGUGGUGCCCGAAUCACUAUUAAUGGCCAAGGAGCGAUUCAGUCAUCGCCAACCCUACACACGUCGCUAUCGCUUCUUAAUUGUACUUGGAUAUUAAGUGCCGAGGAUCCAGGAGAUAAAGUGACUUUGACAUUCAGUCACAUAAACAUACAAGAAUCUGAUGACUGCUCGAAUAAUCACAUAGAGGUGUAUGAAGGGGACGGUACUCAAGGAGUUCUUUUAGGGACGAUAUGUUCAAAUAAAAUACCAACACCUUUCUAUAGUACUGGAAAUACGCUAACUAUUCAAAUGACUGCUGAGUAUGGGCACAGCGUGGGUGACAAAUUUGAAGCCUCGUAUUCUACCUUCAGUAACGCUUGUGGAGGUAACUACACCGCAGAAAGUGGUACGAUCGCGUCUCCAAACUAUCCCUUGAGCUAUCCCAGCCAAGCAGACUGCAUCUGGAUAAUUCAAAAUGCACCUGGCAAUCGAAUUUCCUUGACCUUUGAUGAGUUUGAACUCACAGAAAGUGAGCACUGUAAUGUUGACUACGUGGAAGUUCGGGAAACCAAUGGAAUUGGAAAGUUACGUGGAGUUUUUUGCGGAAAAAAUGUUGACAGUAUUACAUCAGCACAACCGUUAUGGAUACGGUUCAAAAGUGCUCCUAAUACUUUAGGAAAUCCAAAAGGAUUUAAAGCGGAAUAUAAUUUGUUAUUUGGAGAUGAACUUACCGGUGAUUUUGGGGAAAUAGCUUCGCCGAUGUAUCCAGUUCCACAUAGAAAGAGUUCAGAUUAUUGGUGGAGAAUUACUGUCGACUUCGAUUUCGUUAUAAGGAUCGAAUUUUUAGACUUCCAUCUCGAUAGUUAUGAAGAUUACUGCUAUUCGUCGGUGAAGAUAUAUGAUGGUUACAACGAAGAUGCUCCAGAAAUGAAAGAAUUGUGUGGAAUCGCUAUUCCUGAAGAGCCUAUCACAUCUUCGAGUAAUAUUAUGUAUAUUCAAUUCGAUAGUAUUUAUGAUCAAGUAGGUAACUGGUUCCUUCUUAAGUGGACGAAGAUUCCACGACCAACCAAUACUGGAGAAAUACAAGUAGUCGAUAGUAACAAGUACAUAGUUCUGACAACAACGAACAGCAGUUAUACAUUCCACUCGCCAGGAUAUCCUGACGGUUAUGCAGAAAAUCUUAAGUAUUCUUGGACUUUCGUCACAGCACCUGGAAGUCACGUACUGUUGAGAUUUUUAUCUAUGAAUUUGGAAGAGUCGGAGAACUGCGUUACAGAUUACGUUGCAAUUUACAAUGGCCAUGUGACAACUUUCAAUUCUAAUGAAAAUCUCAUCAAAAAAGUCUGUUUAUCUAACGCCACGUCGACAAGUUAUUCCGGCCAAAAUACUAUGACUGUACAAUUUGUCUCGGAUUCCUAUUUGAAUAAGACAGGAUUUUCGGCUAUAGCUUUAGAACAAUGCGGAGGGUUACUGGAAAAGACGUUCGGCGUGAUACAAUUCAAUACUACCAGUGGAUACUCAAGAGUUCGACCGUACAUUUAUGCCUGUGAGUGGGUUGUCAAAGUGAGACCUGGACGAAGAAUUAGAGUUAACAUUAAGCAGUAUAACAUUGAAAGCAGCCAACCCAAAACGGACGAUAACUCUUGUAGAUCUAACUAUCUUGUGCUGAAAAACGGUGAAACUGCAAGCUCGCCGUUAUUGGGCAUUGGGAAGUACUGUAAUGGUGUUAUACCCCCAGUACAGAAUACCACUGGUAACUAUCUUUACAUCAAACUCGCUGUAUCUUUUGCUAGUGUUAAUUUGAAGAUAAUAUUCAAAGAACUAGGUCACGAUUGCGGUGGUAGAUUCGAUUUAUCAAGAAAGUCAGAGAUAGAAAUCACCUCUCCAAAUUAUCCUAAUAUUCCAACACCUCAUACAGAAUGUUUCUGGACAUUUAUGAGUGUUGAUGAGCAACGUAUGGCCAUACACUUUGUUGAAAGAUUCGACUUAGCUUUCAGUGAAAAUUGCGAGAAAGAGUACGUAGAGUUUAGAGAUGGUGGUACAGAGACGUCGGAGCUUCUUGGCAGAUACUGUAAAAAUAUGGCUCCGAGUUCUGUAACAACCAAAGGAAAUAUUUUAUUCGUACACUAUUAUACCGAUCUACCAGAACCUCGUAAUGGGUUCAAAGCUGUUAUCACCUCUGGUGAUGUAUGCGGAGGUAUUGAACGAAAUCCUCAAGGUGGAGUAAUAAGUUCGCCCAACUAUCCUGACUCAUAUGACACCAAAUCUCAAUUGUGUACCUGGUGGAUCAUGGCACCACAUUUCACUCGAGGCAUCAAACUUCAAUUCCAAGAUCUCGAACUUCCUACUAGACGAGAGUGUAACGAUACCGAUCAUGUAACAAUUUAUGAGAAAGUUCCUGAGACCGAAAUCGGCAAGUUUUGUGGCAGAAAUAAGCCCGGCGUCAUCGAUAUUCUAACAAGUGAAGCUAUGGUAACAUUUGUGAGUUCAUUUACCAAUACGAGACUACCAUACUCCAGAGGUUUCCGACUUAACUACACCUUCAGCCAUGAUGGUUGUGGAGGGAAUCUGAAUGGUAUGAUGGGUAUGUUCCAAACAGUUGGUUAUCCACGGCCCACAACGUAUAGAUAUUGCAGUUGGAAAAUUAACGUACCGGAAGGAUUUCAAGUCCAAGUUGACAUUAUUGAUUUAGAUCUGGCUGGAGUUACAUAUUCAUCAGGCAGUCACGUCUCGUUCCAUCACGACCCCGAUAACGUUGCUACUAUUGCAGUAGUGAGGGAAUCUUCGCAAUCAAUGACUAUUGCAAGCUCAACAAAUUUUAUGAGCAUCUAUUAUAUAUCGACGGGCGGACAUCGUGGAAUGAAAGCCAGAUUCAGAGCCGUAUAUCCUGCUCCAUGUGGAGGUAAAUUAAACUCUUGGAACGAUGUAUUGACCAAUCCACGUUCUGCCCCUUUCAACCAAUCAGCAUUUUACUGUAAAUGGACCAUCGAACAACCUGAAGAUGUAGAAUCAAUUCAAAGAGAUAGCAUGACUCUUGCUAUAACGAUAUCUGGUUUGAUUAGCAAAGGAAUCAAAUCGAUUGUGUGCCGCAACUAUCUCAAUUACAUUUCAAUCAAAGGAGAUGAACCUGUAGCUAGAGUAUGUGGAAACUGGACAGCAGAUAGAGUCACAGUGACUAGUCCUUUCAAAUCUUAUUCUAUUCAGGCUUUGAAUGCAUCUAAUGCCGAAAGAAUGAGCUUCACAGUGACGUAUAAAUGGCACAAAUGUGGAGGCAUACUGACCGGACCAUCUCAUAAGAUCCAAGCACUAAAAAAUAUAACAUACCCAGUAUACUGCGCUUGGAAAGUCAAGUAUCCAGAUGUUGACAAUAGCAUUUUAGUUACUUUUGAAAAAAUGAAUCUUGGAUCUUGCGACAAAUCUUACAUUCAAAUAAAGGGUCGCACAUUCCGUUCACCGACUCUAGGAAAAUUCUGCGGUAACGAAAAGCCUCCAAACAUUGUUAGUCCAACAAAUGAAAUUAUGAUCGAGUAUUAUGCCUCUGAAGAUGUUGGUGAUUUUGAAAUACAUAUUAAUCCGGCCGAUUAUGCAUGUGGAGGUAUUGUUACAGGCAAGCAAAGUGAAAUCCGAUCGCCAGGAUUUCCUAAUAAUUAUCCAAAUAAUACCGAAUGUGUUUGGGAAAUAAUAGCUAAUAAUGGUUUCCACGUCGGUCUUAAUUUCAUUGAAAGAUUUCACCUCGAAACUAGUGCAAAUUGUGAAAAUGACUACGUCGAGGUUUCUGAAUGGAUAGAGGAUGGCUUGAAUGAUCGUUACGAGAGUUUGGCAAAAGUUUGCGGACGAAUUGCUCCCGACAAACCUUUCAACACCACAACGAGAAAAAUGAAAGUGAAAUUCCACUCUAACGACCUAAUCGAAGGUGAAGGGUUCAAGGCUGUCUGGCAUUCGAACUGUGGUGGCGUUUAUGUAGUCUCUGAAAUGCAAAAGUAUAUUGAGUCGCCUAAUUUUCCAAUGUCAUAUCCAAUCAAUUCAAUAUGCAAUUAUACUUUGAUUGCUAAAGAAAACGAACAAAUCAUUGUCGACUUCAAGCAGUUCACUCUCGAAGGCAUGAGUGCUAAUUGUCCAUAUGACAAUGUAACAAUUCGAACUUUUUCUGGUGAUUGGAUGAGGGGUGAAAAUAUCUUCUGUGGCGUUAAUUCUCCCGGAAGAAGAAUUGCAAGAGGUAGAAUGGAAAUAGUUUUUAGAUCGGACAGUUCAGUUAAUCGUGCCGGUUUCAAAUUCGGAUAUCGACUAAAUGAUUGUGGUGGUACAGUAACAACACCGAGGAUUUUAAAUCCAAUUAUGGAAAAUAAUCCACAAUAUUUCGAAUACACAAGUUGUCAUUGGCUAAUAAAAGCUCCUGUGAAGAAGAGCGUUUUGUUACGUUUCGAACAGUUUAACAUAUCGUCAACUAUUGAAAACUGUCUAGGUAGUUUUGCGAAAGUAUUCGAGGGUAACUCCACUGCAAAAACAAACCUAAAAGGAACUUUCUGUGGAGAUUUAAGUAAAAAUUUACCGGUAUUGCAGUCUCUUGAUAAUAUAAUGACCCUCAUGUUGCAUACUAGUCCUUAUGGAGAAAAGAGUUAUGCGUUUAAAGUCGCAGUACUUUUUGUAAACAGUCCUGAGCAAGGCUGCGGAGGAAAUAUUGAAUUGACGAGUACCACGCCAUUUAAAACUCAAAAUACCGAUUAUUACGAUCCACUUCAAGAUUGUCAUUGGCUGAUCACAGCACCACAAGGUUAUAAUAUUGAGUUUACGAUCACUGACAUAGAUCUUAAAGAUACGCCAUUCAACGACACGACAGUUAAUAAGCGGAUGUCGUGCAAUAGCGAUUAUAUUGAGGUUCGUGACGGCGGACCUUAUGCGGAAAUUAUUGGUCACUAUUGUGGUAACACGGUACCAGCAACUAUUACGAGUACUUCUAACUUGCUCUGGAUUAGAUUCGUGUCUGAUAGUAUUGGUCAAGGUCGAGGCGUCAAAGGAUCGUUGAAGGCUGCAACUUCCCCUUGCGGAGUUGCCGAUUUAUACGUUGGAAAUACAACUCAAAUUCUUACUUCACCUGGUUAUCCUCAAGCUUAUCCUUCAGAAAUCACAUGCAGGUGGGUAAUACAUGGCACUACUGGGAGAUUGAAGCGAGUAAGGAUCGUUUUUGAAGACUUCAAGUUAGCCGACUCCACUUUGUGCGAAUCUGAAUUUUUUAAAAUUGUUGAUUUAAAUAAUCGCGAGGUAAUCAGCGAAGGCUUUGGCGAGAAUUUAAUCGUCGGAGGAAGUGGCAAACGUGACAUGACUGUUGUCAUCGCCAGUCGAAUUCCCCAAUCAUUCCUCAAAUAUUGUGGCUCUUUGAAGCCGCAUGAUUAUUAUAGUAAUUACAAAGACGUAGAAAUCACUUACAAAAUGUCGCCUUCUAAUUUGAAAAAGAAAGGUUUCAAACUCGAGUAUGGGAAAGCUUCUUGUUCAAGAAAUUAUACGGCCAUUCAAGGUCGAAUUAUUCACGACGAUGUUGGUGACUGCUGGAUGACGAUUGAAGUACCGAAAAAUUUCACUAUCAAUAUAUAUUUCAAUCACUUCUUCUUACCUGGCGGACCUGACUGUUCAAAAGCGAAAAUGGAGAUACGAGAGGGGGGUUCUGAUGGUCAUCUUAUCCAAAGCGUAUGCAAUUACGAAACACCGGAGCCGGUAUUCAGUACUGGCAAUCGUUUGAGUAUUCACACAUUCGUCGAUAAAGAACGAUCUUAUUUCAACAAUAUUUACGACUUCACUUAUACUUCAACGAAUUCCGGACGAGGUUGCGGAGGUGAUUUAUACAACUACGGUGGAGUGUUCACCUCACCUUUCUAUCCUAAUUCAUAUCGAAAUCGAAGCACGUGUACUUGGAAUAUCAGCGUUCCCAAAGGAAUGAAGGUUUCCCUGCAUCUUAGAAUCUUUGAUAUUGGUCCAAAGAGUAUGUGCGACACGGAUUAUUUGAGCAUAUUCAACGUCAACGCCAAUGGAGAAAAUGGGGAAGCAGCUAUAACCUACUGUGGAGGAGAUAUGCCAGCAGAGUUUACGGGACAAAGCAAUCGAAUUGCCGUUACUUAUGUUACGAGUGUGAAUAAUGGCGGUUCAGGAUGGUUAGCACAUUUUGCAGCCGUUUCAUAACAUAUGCUAUUUUUAUUAUAGUCUUA